AUGUACGACAGUUUGGGGCCCGCAAUUGAAGCGAUUGGUAGAUAUGGGUUCGGUAUGAAACCCCCUACCUAUCAUGAGGUACGUGUUCCUAUGCUGAAGUUAGAGAUGGAACACACCAAAAAACUUUUGCGUGAUAACGAGGUUGAAAAGUCAACCUAUGGGUGUUCGUUGAUGGUUGAUGGUUGGAGAGAUCGGAAAGGAAGGGCGUUAAUCAACUUCCUAGUAAACACUCCUCAAGGGAGUAUGUUCGUUGAAUCAGUCGAUGCUUCUAGCUAUUCUCACACCGGAGUGCUUCGUUUAGUUGAUGGAGAGAAAAAGCCUCCUACGGGUUAUAUUUAUAAUGUUAUGAAAAUGGCAAAGGAGUUGAUUGCUGCCUCUUUCAAAAAUAAAGAAGCAAAGUAUAGAGAGAUUUUCAAAAUAAUUGAUAAAAGGUGGGAUUGUCAGUUACAUCAACCUUUGCAUGCAGCGAGAUAUUAUUUGAAUCCUGGUUUGUAUUACAACAAUCCAGAGGUGGAGGAUGCUACUGAGGUGAUAAGUGGGUUACAAACAUGCAUUACUAAGUUGAUAUUAACCGAAGACGAGCAAAUACAGAUUAACACUGAGCUCCUGCUAUAUCGACGUGCUGAUGGGAUUUUCGGAUAUCCAAUGGCAGAGAAAAUGCGAGCAAAGCUUGCACCAGCGGAGUGGUGGCUGCAAUAUGGAGCAUCGGCACCAACUCUAAAAAAGUUUGCAAUCAAGCUUCAUUCCAAAAAGAGAAACUGA